AUGCCAUUCCCUGUGGAUAUUUUGACCAGCAGCAGUCAUGAGGACUUGAGAAGAUCAUCAGAAGAGUACAUGUCUAAACUUAUGAGUCAGAAUCCAUAUCAGCCUCAAUUCUUGUCUCUGCCAGGCCAUGGCAAAAUUCCUAUCAGCUUGUCAACGGUGGGCUACCUUCCCCUAUAUGGUGAAGACCAGACACACAAAAUUCUUGGGUUGUUUGCACCACCCGAUUGUCUCACAGCUGUAGCCCUGUAUCUUGCUGACCAGUGGUGGUCAUCUGAUGACAUUGUGAGAACAUCUGCCCCUGAUAGACAGGGCUUUCAUCAGGUGAAGUCUGUUGGAGAGAGGGUUGUACUCUAUGUUCUGAAUCGAAUUAUUUAUCGGAAGCAAGAAAUGGAAGAAGAUGAGGUCCCUUUUCUCUGUCAUCGUAGCAAUGACUAUGCUAAGAUCUUGUGGAAAAAAGGAGAGGCCAUUGGGUUCUAUUCUGUUAAACUUAAAGGAAGUGCUUUUAACUCAAAUGGUGAUAAGAAAUAUGGGCUGUCGGUGCUAGACACAGUAUUUGUAAGAAAGAAACAUCGUGGGAAGGACUCUCUGCUAACAAUUUUGGAAGACUUUGUGGAUUCCUUCAAUGAGAAAUCUCUUGGCCUACGAUACCCACUGUCACCCUUGUUGUACACAGCUUGUAAGCAAUAUCUUGAGAAGUAUCCUAAUGAUAAGUCACUCUUAUGGGAAGUGGAGGGAGUAGGAAAGUGGUUCCAGAGAGUAUCUAUUAAGAAGAAGAUAGAAAGAGAAACUCUCAGAAUUGCAGAAGAAAAGACAUUGCAGAAAGAAACUGAGACUAAGGCUUAUUUUCAGGAGGCCUCAUUAUGGGCAGGUGAACAGAAGACUGAUCUAGAAACACAGCUAAAUACAGAUUCUCUACAAGUUAAAGAACCAAUAGAAGUCCAUGCAAGCACACCUCAAGUUCCUGGUUUUGUUUGGACACAAAGCAGCCAGCAAAAAUGUCCCAGAACAGGAAAACGUAGACAGGAAUCUGAACCUGGAACUUCCCAAGGAAAUGUCGAAAAUGCUCUCCUGGUGUCAGAAAGCAGGCUGGAACUUCCUGCCCACACACCUGAAGACUCUGAAGACUUAGUAGAAAAAUCCACGGACGAUAGUUCUGAGGACGCUGACAGAAUGGUUGUUGAAAAUAAGGUCCAGUCUGCGUCAGCAGCAGGGCUACAUUUAUUACCCACUGAGAAAAAAAGUGAGAAGGAGGAAACACCAUCAGAACCUCUUAAUGGUGAGGUAACAGAAGAAACUGGUAAGACCUCACAUGUGUCUGAAGAGAAGACAGUAAAUGAAGUUCAAAGUGGUGAACCAGAAGUGCACUCUGAGAAUCAAGGAGAAGAAUCGGUGGUGGACUGUGUUCCAGUAAUCCUUGAGUCUUCAGCAAAACCUUCAGAUGACACGUUACCAGAGAAGGACUUAAAUGAAAAUGAUUCAGAAGUGCUGGCUGAAGAAAGUACAAUACUAUUGAUACAGGACAGUGGCGAACAGCAAGAGUCUGAAAAGACCACCACUGAAAAUGCAUCUGCUUCAGCCUCAAAAGAGGAGUCCUCUGACAAUGGUUUGCCCAGAUCUGUAGUAAUUGAAGCAAUGGAAGAAUCUUCUUCUGAAAAUGGUUUGGAAGAUCCAAAUGAAGCAGGGCAUGGCCAGCUGACUGAUAGGUCUGUGCUAAUUGUUGAAGUCGAGGGUGUUUCCUUUCAGCAGUCUGCUGGACAGGAAGGACAGAAGAACGAGCUGGAAGAGCAUUCAGAAGCACCUGUUGAGCAGGCAGAACCGUCCACGCAGACAGCAAUGGAGCAGCAAGCUGCUGACAGCAGCUCAGAGGAAGCAGAAAUUGAGGUACCUGUGGUAGAUCGCAGACCCUAUCGAAGAAGGGCCAGAGGCUACAAAGGUCCACCCAGGAAAAAAGGAAAGCCAGCUUAA